AAAUAAAAAAAAAGUUUGGUGUGACGUCACCACAGCGCAGUGAGGGCAACAGUGACGCGCAUGAAGCCACUGAGCGCCAUCUUGACUAGUGGCAGCUGGCUAGCUAGCUGGGCUGCUGUUGAUUCAAUCUUCAAGGAUGUUUAGAGGCCACCAGGUCCUGGUUGGGUCUUGUCCCUUAAGGCCAUUGCUGCUAUUGAGAGAAUCCCACCUCUCUGCUUUCUCUGAGCGCACUGCUGCUGGAUGGCAGGCUGCAAGAGAUGUGAAGAGAAGGAGAUAUGAAGGGAUCCGUGGAAGUAAAGAGGGGUCAUCAUUCUCCGGAGAGACUGAAUCCCGUUCAACGCAGCUGUCUCUAUUUAAAUGUGAUAAUCAGAAGCUGAGAGAGGCUUCAUUUCAAAACCUCUCAUCCAAAAAGGACAUUUUGUCCAGCCAUCGUCACCUCCCUCAGGUUUCUGCCUCUGCAAAAGCCAGACAAGCAUCUGACUCUUGGAAAUGUGCUGUAGUCAAGGAUGCAGGUCAAAACCUCAAAGCUGUGAGCACUUACCGGGACUGUUUAAUCAACACAACUUGCCUUCAACCCUGGAGAAGAAGGCCUUGGGACACUUGCCAACCUUCACUCACCUAUAAGACUCAGUGUAACCUCCUUCAAAGCCAUUUAUAUUGCAGACAGCACUUUGUUCGACCUUUCAGCUCAACGACACAUACGCCAUGGAUUUUGAACCACUUUAGACAACGACCCUGCAGCCUCUCUUCUCACAAAACCAGAGCCGCUCAUCAGGCUGCCCCGCGCGUGUCAGACGGCUGGAGAGACUGUCUAUCGCUGGAGAAUGAAAACAGGUGUCGACAGAGCCUGGGGCCCAACUUGAAGCUGUACGAGGUGGACAAGGGGAGAAGGGGGGCAAGUCAGAGCCAGGGAAAGAACCAGGGGAGAUGGGCGUCAGUCCUUGUCUCUCUGUGCUCUGUUGAGGGGGAGCCGGCGUUUCUCUUCACUCUGCGCUCCAGCACACUGAAGGGCAGGCACAAGGGAGAUGUCAGCUUUGCAGGAGGAAAGAGUGAUCCAUCAGAUAGAGACGUGGUGGCCACGGCGUUGAGGGAAGCCAGGGAGGAGCUGGGUGUUUCUGUGGCAACAGAGAAGGUCUGGGGCAUCCUGAAACCUCUCAGGGACAUGUCAGGGAUGGUGAUCGCCCCGGUGCUGGCUAACCUCGGCCCCUUAGAGGAGUUGUCCUUCAAACCAAACCCUGGAGAGGUGGAGGAGAUUUUUACCCUGUCUUUGUCCCACUUGUGCAAACCUCAGAACUGUGGCUACACACACUUCCGCACCGGCAACAAGUACGGAUACACCCUCCCAGUGUUUCGUAACGGGAAGCAUCGGGUGUGGGGUCUAACGGCCGUCGCCCUAGACCACACCCUGAAACUCAUUGUCCCUCCUUAGCAGCUCAAAGCCAUUUCUUUACAGCAAUAAAGCACAUCUAUAAUGUGACUCAAAGAUUUGAUUAUGACAAAAUGUGCAAUCAAGCUUUGUGUAGCAAAAUCAUCUCAGUAAUCAGUGUGAAUACAGAAUAUUUUCAUUUAUGAAGUUAAACUCCUUUCUAGUCAGGAGAAGGGUUUUUCCACUUGUGCACUCUCUGAGCCUCGGGUGUAUGAUGAAUGGAUCAGGUGCAUAAAGAUGGUGGCCAGCUGUGAUGAUGUCACAGAUAAAGAAGUAACAACAUGCCAAUACUUUAUUGCACCUAAUUGAUUCUUACCUGAACACUAUCAGUAUUUCUAUAUUAUGGACUGCUUUAAUUUUAAAAUGAUUACAAAUCCUUAUUUAAUUCAACUUGAAAUCUUCUUUUACCAAUUCAUUUAAUUUUAACAAGUUAAAUCAACUGAGAUAACUUUUAUCAUUUGAGUUUCCCAUGAGGCUUGUUUGUUGCAUUUUAUCACGUGGACUCAGUGAGGCACAGAGAUCAGGUUUCCAGUGUGAUUCAGCUCAUACCAAUUUUUAUCUCGCACUAGAUCAAAUCUGGACUGAAAUGACAAAAGCACACAUCUAGUGGUGAACAAUGCAAUAAAAGUUGUUUUAAAGGUA